CCUGCCCCCCACCUCUGCUCACAGAGCCUUGGCUGGCCCUCUGGGGACCUCAGCUUCUGAGACCCCAGACCAGCUCCUCUCAAAAACCCAGGGGCUCCCGUGUCCUGCUCUGAGCUCCCUCUGGAACCCAGGGGCCUACCACCCCCCUUUGCUCCCUAUCAGGAAUCCAGGCACCUGGGUCCCCAGGCCUGCUCCCAUGAAGGCCUCAGACCUUCAGACCAUCUUCCUCGUGGCCUCUCCUGGAGCCCAGCGUCCAGGGCACUGGACAUUGUCCUCAGGAAGCCAGGUGUCUGGCCCUACCAGUGCCUGCCUCCACCCUCCCUUUCCUGCCCACACCCUUGGGCGGGCAUUUCUCAGACUUCUUCCUCCCAGGGCUUAGCUCUCCAUGGCCUCCUCAGCCUGGCCGGGCUUGCCCCAGGGUCUCCGGGGGGAGCAGAAGGCCCUGGCCCAGGCUCUACGGGCACUAGAGCACCUGGAAUCUAUCCUGUGCCGAGCCCCCCCCCUGGAUUCCAGCCCCCCCUCCUUGCCUCACCUGCUUCCGCAGAUGGCCUGGCUGCUGCAGCAGGUGACAGAAGCCAGGAGGCAGGCUGCAGGAGGGCUCCAGGAGCCCGGGGGGCCCGCUGAUUUCCUAGCUGGCUUCCUGACCAACCUGGGCCAGAAGGUGCAGCAGGUAGCCAUCCUCUUCCCUGCAAGGGACAAGGCCUUCUGGGAGGGCCCUAGCCACAGGAGGCAGCUGACCAAGCUGGCCCUGAUCUUCAGUCACAUGCUCACAGAGCUCAGAGCCCUCUUCCCUGAUGGUUGCUACUGCGGACACACGUACCAGCUUAGCAUACCCCAGGCUCGGGAAUUUUGGAGACAGAAGUGUGGAAAGAGGUGUGUGGUUCCAUGGGAAGAAUUUGAGAAACUUCUGAGCUCCUGCCACCCUGUGAAGCCUGGUCCUAUGGCCCAGGCCCUGAAAUCCACCAUAGAUUUAACCAUCAGCGGCCACGUGUCCAUCUUUGAGUUUGACGUCUUCACCCGCCUUUUCCAGCCCUGGUCCUCUCUCCUCAAGAACUGGACUCUGCUGGCUGUCACUCACCCCGGCUACAUGGCCUUCAUCACCUACGCAGAGGUGAAGGCCCGCCUGCAGACCCACCUGGACAAGCCUGGCAGCUACAUCUUUCGCCCGAGCUGCACCCGCCUAGGUCAGUGGGCCAUUGGCUACGUGAGCGAAGACGGCCAGGUCCUGCAGAUGAUUCCCCUGAACAAGCCGCUUUGCCAGGCCCUGAGAGAAGGCCAGAAGAAAGGCUUUUGCCUCUAUCCAGAUGGGAGGAAUGUGAAUCCAGACCUGUCUGAGCUGGCAGAAGUAAAGGACCACAGACACAUUGAGGUCUCACAGGAACAAUUCCAGCUGUACUGCACCAUGAACUCCACCUUUGAACUGUGCAAGAUCUGCACUGAGCGGGACAAGGACACAAGGCUGACGCCCUGUGGCCACCUCAUGUGCUACCCCUGUCUGGAUGGCUGGCAGAAAUCCCCAGACCACACCUGCCCCUUCUGCCGAUGUGUGAUUCAGGGAUGGGAGUCUGUGACCAUCCAGCCUUUCCCUGGGGAUUCACAAGACCAGGAAGACAUGGAGACCUCAGUUAAGGUGUGUUCCAGGAAUCCCCCUCUUGAGGCUCCCCCCCUGCCCCCAAGGCCUAACCUGCCCCCUAGAGGAUAUGAGGACAGUGAACUGACCCCAGGCUCCUCUUCACCUUUCUUGCACCUGCCAAGACUCCGGCCCCUACAUUUGCCUUUCCUCGGAUUGGUUUCCUUGCCUCUCUUCCCCGGGACCUGGUUUCAGAAUAGGGGCAGCCGGGUCCCAACUAGAGCCCAGGACCCAGAAAACUCAGAGCCCAGGGAGCCUCAUCCAGGAAAUGAGAGGCUUGGACCAGAAUGAUCUCUGAGGUCCCCACCCCCUCUAAAAAUCAAUGAGUCUGUAAGGCCAGGAACCAGGCAGAAAUCCGAGACCAGGCAGGAUUUGGAGCUCAGAACCCAGCAUCAGAGAGGAAAAAAAUCUCCUAGUCCAGUCAGUACACAGUGACUAAAGAAAUUCCAAAGCCCCAAACCUAGCCAGAGUGAGUCCCGACCUAAGUCAGAGACCAGAACCCAGAAACAACUCAGAGCCCAGCCAGAAACUAGAACCUAGAUAAAAUCCACAGCCCAGGCAGAAUAUGGGGACUAGAGCCCAGGCCCGGAGACCAGGCAGAACUGAAAACCUGCAAGACCCAGAACAUGGAGGCCAGGCAGAAUUCAGAGAGAACUCAAAGC